AUGGGGCUCUCGGCCGCUGCUGCCGCUGUUGCCGCGGCAAUCUUACUUUCUGGGAGAGUGAUGUGCGCGCUUAAACAAGGCGACUCUUCGAUCUCAGAUGUUCGCAAGCAAGUCCACUUUGCGGCCACAUAUUCUUCUGCUCGCGCAUCGAGCGAAGAAGCUGACUGGAAUGUACCUCCGCAUCCUGACGCUACUGGGAAUAUCAUCUUCAACUCUGUCGGCUCUCUGAUGCAGCUAUGGCCCAAUACGGUCUGGAGGCACGGUCAUACCAUGGCUCUGACGCACAUACCAGCUGGCACACUCCUGCAUCACGGUCUCAUCACGCCGAAUGGUUCAGUACCAACUCAACCCGACUGGCUCGCCUUCGACCAAGAACACUCAUACAUCUUCGGAUCACAAGUCUGCAGACUGUACUCCUUCAUAACAACGCGCGACAUCAAGCUUCUCUACUUCGACGGCAACUCUGCGGCGAACGAGUACGGGAUGAUGGAGACCGCGGACUUGCUGGCAUGGGGCGAGAUCAGACCAGACAGGUCGAAUAGCGAGUAUGAGCGGAUCGUGGCGCUUUGUGAGUGGGCGAAGCCGAGAGGUCUGGAUGGGUUCAUUCGCAUGGAGUUCCAUUUCGAAGUCAUGUACUGCGACUUCAGCGAUGGUCUCGAGCUUGUCGACUCGAUUGACAUGUUACCGAAGACGGACAGUCACUGGCCAUGGAACUGGAACCCUGGUAACACUCCUCGGACCCCGGGCGGACCUGGAAGGCCGAGUAACAUGGGGGAACCUGGAGAACCGGAUGAGCCAGGGCCACCGAGGAGACCAGGCGGACCAGGACGCGGCUGGCCUCCAAGCACUGAACCCGCCGUACCGCCUACAGGCUGGCGCGGCACACUUCCUACAGCCAACGACGCAAUCUUUCAAGCAGUCGUAGCCGGGUCCUGGCAUCACCGUGCUCCUGGAGAGACACGCGUCAUCGUUGACUGGCAUGGCGCAGUCACAUUCUACGACCCUGCCCUCACGAGCUUGAUCGAUGGACGCAGAGGCCUGCCGCGCUCGCAACAUUCACUCGCUUCCAUCUCGCAAGAGGAUAUCGCGACGAAGCUCAAAGAGGUCGAAAAUGUGGUGACAAGGGAGGGGAGGGGGAGUGGUGUCAACUGGGGCAGCAUCAUGCGUGUGGUUGUUGAGCGGUAUAGUGCGCGUGUGGCUAUGCUCAACGAUACGCUCGCCCUCGAGUCUACGGCAAACUUCGCAAACGCGACAUCUCAAGCCAUUGCUGCGCGCGCCCAACUACUCGUCAUGCUCACACCGUACUUCCAUACACGCGACUUCGAGACCAUAUCAACCGACGCUUGGCUCGCCCCAACGGUCAAUCGCUGCGCACGCACCCGGUUCUCACACAUGCCUACCUCGCACCUUACGUACCAAGAGAAGCUCAUCCUCGACGCAAUUCAACAGACGACGCACGAGAUCUGCAGACGUCUCGCGCUCAUGUGGGUUGACGCGUUCGACAUCGAGAGCCCCGAUGCGGACGAUGCAAGCGCUGCGCAUGCCAUUGAAGGAUGGAGAAGACAUACGACGGAGUUGAUGGAAUGGUUAGAUUGGUCGACUUGGCAGACGUGUCGACCGGGAUGCAAUGUGAACGAAUUCUGUUAUAUCCCGACUUGGCCUUUCGUAGUCGCCGGUGACCGAGAAUCAGGCAUGGCGCCGCGCUGUGUGGCUCUGAAUGACGCAAGUGUCGUGAACCCCGGCUGGGGUCCUGGUCCAGGCGGACCCGGUGGCGGCGGUCGUUGGCCAGGAGGUCCAGGACGACGCCCCGGCGGUGGACAUGGCAGACACGAUGAGAACCGUGCUUGA